UUCCCACCAUCGGCUCUUUAACGUCUCUGUCUCUCUCUCUCCAUCCAUCUGAAAGUGAUACUGCUUCCUCUAGGGUUUUAGAGUUUCGAUCGUAGGGAACCCCUCCUCCUCCUCCUCCUCCUCCUCCUCCUCUAUCUCUCGUGUCUUUAGCUCUCCUCGCCAUGGAGGCGAGCUCCGGUGACUCCCCCAUUGCGGCAACGAGUGAAAAGUUUCCGGAUUUGGAGAAGAAAGAAUCGGAUCUCGAAGCGCCGAUAACAACAGGGGGAAGCGGUAGAAAGAGUUCAGGAUCAAAAGAGACCGGUCAUUCAAUUCUAAACUCUGUAAAUAAAUCAACAUUCCAAAUAAAGAAACCCACGCAUCGGAGAAGUGCUUCUCCAAUCAACUGGUUUCCUCGAAAAAAGGCAGAUUCAUACUUAAAGAGAAAAAUAAAGCAUCUCCAGGAAGUUGGAGGGAUGAACUUGUCUCUUGAUGAAACUCUUGGUAGUGCUAACCCUCACUAUACCAGAAUAGCAAGGGAGAAAAUUGCAGCUAGAGAAGCUGCAAGGAAAGCUAUGAAAGCUCGUAAAGCUGCAAUGGUUGAAGCCUCUUGGUGUCGAAUUCUUCAAGCAGCCAGGAUCCAAAGCAAAGAAGCGGAGGAAGUGUUGGAGAAAGCUAAACUCCAUGCAGCAGAAGCCUUUGAAGCAGCAAGAGCUAUGGGUGUGAUGAUGUAUGAUAAGCCAGACUGUCCUAGGCAACCAUGUGAAGUAGUAACAUCCGCAGCUGUUGGAGGGCGAUCUACUCACAAAAUAAGUGCUUCUUUUGAAACUGCUUUCGAGGUAGACAAGGAAGUCGCAGCAGCAGUUAAGAAAGCAUUUAUCUGGCUCGCCAAUUGCCCCUCCUCUUCAAACAAAGAGGAAUUCAAAGACUUGCUAUGGAAAAUCAGUCAGAAUCCUGAUUCUAAUGAAACUGGCGAGGAUUUAACUGAUCCUCAAAGUGAAGUGGAAUUGGAACUUGUUCAUAAAAUGCUUGAUAGGCUUAAACGUCUGCACGAAGAUGAGCUUUCGUCUCUAGCUGUUGUUGUUGCUACCUGUGGUCUAAAUGCUGCUCUUCUUGAAGUAGAAUCUGGAAAAGACCAUGAUCUUGGACCAGUUAACAGUUUGAGUGUGGGCUUCCUAGGAACAUCGACGAGAAGAUUUUCUAAUGUUCAAGGAUUUUUAGAGGAAAAUUUGCAGAAGAAAGAAGCUGUGACAGAAGUUCCAAGUCUUGAUAAGUUCUUGGUGAAGCAUGUCUCUAGACUUCAAAGGGAAGUUGAAGAAGCAAGGAAAGUAAAGAAAAGUGAUUCUAAAUUGGAAAACGAGAGAUCUAGGGGUAGCAAUGUAACAAUUGCUGAAUGUGCUUCUGACUUGGGAAGUGUUCUUGUAAAGCAUGUCUCUAAACUCGAAAGGGAGAUCCAAGAAGCCAAGAAGAACAUCCACAAGGACAACCCUCGACCAGAAGGUGGAAAAUGUAUGGAGUCGAAUGAUAUUGAAGGUGUCAAUGCUGAAAAUCAAGGGGCUGAAUCGAAUAAUGUUGCAUCCGAGUCCACAGGAUCAUGCGAGGACAGAAAAAAGCAUGAGUUGUUGGCAGGGCAUAGAAAUGCUCAAGCCUAUUCUCACGGUGGUAUUCUAGAAGACAAAGAGAACAUUGUUUUAGAUCAAGUGAAUAAAAGGUUAUCUCGAGUUGAAAGAGCUAAAAAUGAAGUACUCAAAACAUUCUCAUCAAUUAAUAACAAUGGAGGUGAGGAGGCACAAUUCGCGGGCCUUGAUAAGAUUUUAGUUAAGCCAGUUUGCAGGUUGGAGAAGGAAAAGAUGCAACGUUUGGAAAAUGUAAGCAAUUUUAAAUCCCAAAAAUGUGAGAAAAGGCAAGGAAACGAAGCGAUACCAUUAGAGAGCUUAGAUAAGAUACUUGUAAAACAUGUCUCUAGACUUGAGAGGGAGAAAAUGGCAUUCCGGGGAAAUGAUGAUUCAAUUACUAUAAAGAAAAGAGAAAAGGAAAGUAAAGAAAAAGGUGUGGUGGAGAGUCUGGGUGAGAUCUUAGUUAAGCAUCAGUCGAAACUUGAGAAAGCUAAGUUGGCUGCAUCUGAGCAACUAGGAGAUGAUUUUCAAAAUGGAAAAACUCGAAAAGAAGCAAGAGAGAGGGAGUUGCUAGAAGCUUGGGGAGGAUUGAGCUUGGGGAAUUCUAUAAAGCCUCAUCUCUCUAGGAUUGAGAGAGAUAAGGCUGCAUGGAGGAGGGCUGAGGAAGAGCAAAUGCAUGCUAUGGGAGUUUAGAAAAUAGAUCCUUCUUUUGAAGCUGUGGAAGGUCAUCUAUUGAACUUCAUCUAAUGAAAUGUUUUUUUUGAGAAAGAAGUAGCGAGCUACCUGCUUCAUUCAUCAAGCAUAAUGAACUAAGUGUACAUGAUGGAAGCAGCUAAGGCCUCUUAUGAAGCAGAAAAAAGUAGAAAAUGAACAAGGAAGGAAAAAUAGAACUAUAGGAGAAAGCUAGAGAGCUAGAACAGGUGAUGCGAAAAUACAAAAGUGAGAGAUCAGGAAGAAGAAGAAAGGGAUCACAGGUCGUUCCCGGCAUUCAUCAAGGCAAGAACGUCCAGUCGUUCGUCAAG